CGGGGUUGGCCGUGUGCUCAGCACGAGUCAAACAGGGGUGGUGUGCCUUGUCCCCCUCCAGACCUUUGUGCCCAAACCCACUGGGGAUGGGGUAGGGCUGCGGCAAGCCCUGGAUUUCGUAGAAUUGCAGAAUCAUAGAAUUUGGGUUGGAAGGGACCUUAAAGCUCAUUCGGUUCCAACCCCUUUGCUGUGAGCAGGGUUGCCAACUGCUAAAUCAGGCACUGGAACAGCUUUGGUGGAGGAUUUGCCACCAGCAAAGGCUCUCUGAGUGUCUUUGACAUCAAGGGGCGUUCCUCGUGGACCUGAACUCCUCACAGCCCCUCUGUUGGUUCCCAAAUGCCCCAUGUCCAAGCUGGUCACAUGGGCUGGAUCCCUCCUGGAGUUUUGCCUGUUCUUCUUUGCAUGCUUCUGCGUGCCGUGCUCCAUGCUGAGAGCCACUGCUCUUCUCUAACCCCUUCAGCUGCCCGGAUCUCUCUAACAUCCUCCGCAUGCCUCCUGUCACUUUUCCACAAAAGAGGAAAAAAAUAUAUAUAUAUAUAUAACCGUGUUUCCCUGCAGAAGCUGUUUUGGGACAUUAAAUUCCCAACGGCUGCUUUAGUAGUUUCUGGGAUACACUUCCGUGCAGCUCCAUCUGGAGCGUUUUAUCAGCACAGGAUGAGGAGCUCGGGGGGGAGCGGGGGUGUCAGACCUGCUGCAGGGUUUUGGGAUCGUGCCGCCCUCCUCGCGUGCGCUACUCCGCUCCCUCUGUGUGUGUGUGUGUGUAUGUUUGCAGUGAACAGCAUCACCUUGGCGGUGAAUCUCGUUGGCUGCCUCGCAUGGCUGAUUGGAGGCGGUGGAGCUGUUAAUUUGGGACUGGCAAUUCUCUGGCUCAUUCUCUUUACGCCCUGCUCCUAUGUCUGCUGGUUUAGACCUAUUUACAAAGCUUUCAAGACAGACAGCUCCUUCAGCUUCAUGGCCUUCUUCUUCACCUUCAUGGCCCAGCUGGUGAUCAGCAUCAUCCAGGCCGUGGGGAUUCCUGGCUGGGGUGUCUGCGGCUGGAUUGCAGCAAUCUCCUUCUUUGGGACCAAUGUAGGGUCGGCUGUGGUGAUGCUGAUCCCCACCGUCCUGUUCACGGGAAUGGCAGUCUUCUCCUUCAUCGCCCUCACUAUGGUGCACAAGUUCUACCGGGGGAGUGGUGGGAGCUUCAGCAAAGCGCAGGAGGAGUGGACCACGGGAGCCUGGAAGAACCCACACGUGCAGCAGGCAGCUCAGAACGCAGCCAUGGGGGCUGCACAGGGGGCCAUGAUGCAGCAUGAGACGCAGUACUCGGCCACCCCCAACUACACCUACUCCAAUGAGAUGUGAGCAGCGGGGCUGCGGCCUUGGGAAGAAGCACUGGGGGGGAAGGAGGAGGAGGAGGAGGAGGAGGAAGAAGGCUGAGCUGAGUUCCUGCAGCUGUUUCAGAAAGCUGGAGUGUACCAUAAUUUUCUUUCCCUGUUCUUUGUAACUGGAUCUGUCUUUUCUUUUUUCCUUUUGCCCGUCAGCACCUUGAGCUCUUCUUUUCUCCCUCUUUUAUUUCUCAUGUUGGAGAGGCUGUGAGUUGACCAGCAGGAUUCUCAUUGUGGUAGUACGUGUAUGUUCCUGUGUUCUUCUUUUCCCUGUGAAAUAGUGCACGGUGGUGGUUUAUUAUUACUGUGGUGAUAGGUGUGUUAGAACUACAUCAGCCAAAAGCCCCCCCAAAAGGGAAAGAUUAAAAAAUAGUGACCAGCACCCAUCUCCUCUAAAUAAGAGCUGAACUACAGGUUUCUGAUGUGAGUUUUCUUUCACUUGGUAGUGUCCAGCCAUUUGUCAGUGUCUCAGCAAGGGCAAGCAAUCCUGGGAAUUCUCCUUUUCUACUUUCUAAUCAGCAGGUGGCUAUUUUAGCCAUUAAGAAAAGGCUGACUUAGCAGAAAGAAAGAAAGAAAGAAAGAGAGGAGGAAAAAACCUUCAGUCCUGCUGUUGACAUGCUGGAAGCCAAGAGAUUCCUAACCCACCCCCUGGCUCAGGAUCUCCACCUUCUCUCAGUGCGUGGUGUUGUAAAUGCGUAGUUUACAUUUUGCAGUAUUACUUUGGCGUGGCUGUGGAUGAGAGCUGUGGCACGCUGUGUGUGUGUGUGUGUGUAGGGAAGUCAGGACAGGUUUUCCCCGUGGGGUGUGACUUUGCAUCCUGAACCUGUUUUCUAAAGGCUUCUGUUUUGAAACUCUAAAACUGGCGGAGCAUUUCUUGCAGGACCUAUUCUUGGUCAAAUCUUGUGCAAUUAACCCCACUGGUUCUGGAAACAGCAAGCCUGAGAUGUGUCCCUGUUAGUUUCUGGGACACAUGCUAGCUUGCAGCUCCUUGUGGAAGCUCUGGGCUGGUGGGAGUAAUUCCUUCUUGCUCCUGCUCCUAUGUGGAGAAGCCUAGCUGCACAGCUCCAUUGAGCUCCCGUGCAAGGAUGAGGUCUCCUGGUCCACCAGCCCCAAAAUCUUGCCCCCUUUGGGGAGGCUGGGCUUCGAGCAAGGGUCUUGCAGGUUAGUAGAAGGCAGCAGAGUUCCAUUUGUAAAUGGGAGCAGAUGGGCAGCGCAGGGCAGGAGGAGGGAAAGCUCCUGCUCAGAGAUGCUUUUCAGACUCUACAUGCACUUUAAACAGGCCGUUUUUCCUCUAAGUCAUAGAAAAGCAGCCCAAAGGGAACGCAGCCUCUCUGCUCCUGUUCCACCUGCCCCACAGGUGUCACAGCAAAGAUGCUGGCAUCUGUGCAGCAGUGCCAGGAUGUGAAACCUGCCCAUGGGAAUUGCACCAAACUUGAAUUUAUUUGUUUUUUUUCCCAGCCAAGCACACCAAGAAUAGUUUCCUUGCUAAGGAUAUCGCUUCAGCCGUUUGGCAGUAGGCAGUUGUCUCUUGACAAGACUAAAAUGCAGCUAAUGAUGAAACGCCUGUCUGCGUGUAUGUGUGUGUAUAUAUAUGUAUAAACUGUAAGGAGAAAAGUAAUCCUUUGCUGAGCCUAUUAUGUACUUAAUCAGGUUUAAAUAUUGUGCAAUUCAUUUCUAGCUAGCCUAAAACUUACUCUGCCAAAUCACGUGCUCUGUCAUCCAUGUCUGCAAAAUGAUGAAUGAAGUGACUUCACCUUCUAUUAAGCCGCAUAAACAAUAACUGUAACGAGCUGUAACUAACAGACAUUGCUUCAGCACCUAA